AUGUUGGCCAUCGACCAGCCUAUCAACCACCCAUCUUUAUCAGCCCCCCAUCUCAGUGAAUCGCACAAUCUCUGGCUACAGCCUACCUUCAAUAUUUUAGAUGUACAGCUGGAGGGCAUUUUGGAUGUGCAGCUAGAGGAAAAUGGGCCAGCGCCAUCCUAUAGUACGUUGGGAGACUCCUCGAGACAACCUUCUGCGACACCAUCAUCGUCUUCAACACAAUCAAACAAGACACCAGGGUCCUCCCCCAAGGGACUAAAGCGGCCUUCAGAAUCUCAGCAACAGCCUCGGGAAUUCAAAAUUGUGUUUGACCCGCUAUCCAUGCCUAAAAACUUCAAGGCGAAUCCAAACAAUCGUGCUCGUUUCAAAUAUCAUAGCGAUGGAACUCGGGAUUACCUUAAUGCACCGGCAGAACGUCGCAAAGCUUCGACCUAG